AUGGACAUCGAGCAGAAGACGCCAGCUGCGGCUGUCACACUCAAGUCCGAAAAAGCCCAGUUCCUGUCACAAUUCACGGCCGAAGAUGACCGGCGCAUCAUGCGAAAGGUGGACCGCCGCGUCCUCCUGCUCAUGGGCAUCAUGUACCUCCUCAAGCAGAUCGACUUCACCAAUGCAGCAUCUGUCAAGGUGCUACAAGUCGGAGAGCUGAGCAACAUCCUAACAGAACUACACAUGUCCACCAACGACUACAACUGGACCCAAACCAUCUACUACAUCGGCCUCGUCCUCUUCGAAGUCCCCAGCAACCUGCUCCUCAAACGCCUAACCCCCCACAAAUGGAUGACGCGAAUCUUCCUAACCUGGGGUAUAAUCGUGGCCUGCCACGCCGCAAUGCAAAACAAAGCCUCCUUCUACGCGCUGCGCUUCCUCCUCGGCGCCCUGGAAGCAGGCUUCUUCCCGGGCCUCGCCGCCCAAAUGUGCGCCUGGUACCGCAGCGACGAAUACAGCAGACCCAUCAUGUGGAUGUUCGCCUUCCAGAACUGCUCGGGGAUCAUCGGCUCCCUCCUGGUGUAUGGCAUCUCAUACAUGGACGGGAUCCGCGGGUUAAGUGCCUGGCGCUGGGUAUUUCUCCUCGAGGGAUUAGUGACAGUCAUCUUCUGUCCGGCAAUAUACCUCCUCCUACCAGAUUAUCCCAAAUCGGCCACGUCUGCGAAAUGGCUUACCCCAGACGAGCAGGAGUAUCUCGAGCAGCGACUUAGUUAUAACGCACCCCGCGCAGCAGACCCGGACUUUUCACUACGGGAAGUUAUAAACGCACUUCGUGAUCCAAAGAUAUACCUCUUCACGGCAUGCCAGUUCCUACUGAACAUCGCCGGGUACGGGCUUAGCUGGCAACUUCCAACUAUAACAACAUCGCUUGGAUUCGCAAGUCUGCCACGGAACCAGCUGCUGAAUAUCCCACCGGCGGCUGCAACGGUUGUGGGGAUUAUAAUUGCCGCGCGAUUCAUGCGAUACGCAGUAAUAACGCGCCCGCUAUUCUGCCAAAUCUUGAAUGCCGUUACGCUGCUGUUCUUUAUUAUCCUCUGCAUACCUGUUUCAGCGGGUGGGCGGUAUGCAGCUUGUGUGCUGGGGACGGCGUUCUACUAUGUGUACUUCAUUCCGUUCUGGGCGUGGAGGUCUGCUGGGUUGGUUGGGGCGACGGGGACGGCGUUUGCGAUUGCGCUGCAGACGGCGGUGGCGCAGGUUGGGGGUGUUAUUGCGCCGCAGGUGUUUCAGGGGAAGUAUGCAGCGGAUGAUUAUCGCGUUUCGUUUAUUGUUUGUGUGGCUUGUGUGGUUGGGGCGAUGGUUUCAGGGCAGGUGCUCUGGCAUUUGUCCAGGAAUGUAGAGAAGGACGUACUACUUGUUAGAAGACGGAGGAUUGCUGCCGACAAGGAGGGGACCGUUUGGACUGGGGAGGAUGUGAAGGUGCAGAGUGCGAGAUAG